AUGUCGUUUUCACGACCAGGAGAGCCAGCCGAGCAUGGACCCAGUGUCCAGUUUCGGGAGCCAGUCGUGUCCAGCACAUCUGCCGCCAGAAAUGGAGCGAAUUCUUCCGCAAAACCCGGUGAUGGCGGCACACAGUCUAGGGAUCUGACAGCGGCAGCAGGCGUACUGCCAAGGGGAGCUGUGGAGUUGACGUCGGUUGAUCAAAAAUGGGGUGUCUUGUUUGACCGGAAAGGCCAGGCGACUAAACGGUUCAUUGAGGUUAUGCACAGCCUUGCCAAAUUCAUUAUUGAAAAGCAUCUUCCAGAAGGCAGCAUAGUCAUCGUUCCAGAGAAGCUUCAGUCGUUCUACUCCUUCUUGCGUAUCAAUGGAGAGUCGGGGUUUCAUACUGUCAUCUUCAGGUCCCCGAGCAGAGAUUUGCACCGCAAGGUUUCGGAGUUGUACCAGGACUUGGGCUGCUCAUACCACCUGGUACAGGCGAAGCCAGCAUCGCGACCACAAGUGCCUGCGCUUACGCCAGAUGGGUUUGCCAGGUGGAUGACAAUCAACGCGCAGGCCUUCCCAGACGAGGAGGCACGCCGGCUUAAUAAGGUUGUCUCGACGUCGCCUUUGGAGGCCAAAAGUGCGCUGGAUGGUAAAAUUGAACGCCUUCCCAAGCAGCUCUCACGCUACCUAUUACCCAGAAAGCCAGACCACCAGAUUAGAGAUCUGUUGCUACAAGCUGUUAAGCGACACUUUGGUGACAGCUGUCUCUCGAGACCAACUCUUGUAUCGGUGCCAGGUUCGCUUGACCGCUUGUCGCCCCGCGACGAGGUUCUGGGUCGGGAGCGAUCUCGCCGCGACAGCACUUCUCGGGGCCGUCCGACGUCAGCGUACUAUGGCCGUGAGAAAGAGGAUGAGGGCCAGACACGCAGCCGAAACCAGCAUUCGCCACAUCGCCACGACUCCCACCGCGGCUCUUAUUCGCAGAGGGACCGACAAAGUCCCAGUCAGGUCCGUAGAAGAAGUCAGAGCAAAGCUGGCAGCCGGGUCCGAGAUGUGAGCCGGAGUGGUGGUGGUGGCCGUCAGUUGCCGCCGUCAUCGAAGACGGUGGCCCAACACUCAUCGUCACGACGAGCUUCGUUUGCCGGUGACUCUACCAGCCCGCCAGUUGUCGUCCAUGGCAACGCGGGUCCUUCCUCAGGUGCAGUGCGAAGCUACCGCUCGUCAUACCCAGAAGUGCACCGCACUGUGGACAGGAACAGCGACGAGGGUUCCCGCCGUCGGCCUGCAUCUGUUUACGGUCCUUCUUCUCGGAUUUCGGCUGGUUAUUUGCCCGGAUCGGCUUUGAAUACUUCCUUGACGGAUCGAGAUCGCAGCACGGGCAGAGGCCGAGGAAUAGAGGGGGGCCUGUCUGGCGUACCGAAUUUACGCAGCGGCAGUUCAGCGGCACUGGCAGCUGUAGGUGGUGCAAAAGAGACCGAUUCGGCGACAAAUCCUCCCAGACAGGACAGUUCUCGGCAUGACCCACGCGCCAACAUACGGCGCCGUAUACGGCCGGAAGAUUACGUCGCAGGCAGUGACGGUGGAAGCAGACGGACGAGUGCGAUAGUUAACGGAGGAGCAGGUCGUGAUGUUAGCCAAACGUGGGACGAGUUCUUGCGAGAGAACUAG